GCGGGUGGUCAGAGGAGGAAGUUUGCUGCUGAGCAAUGGUGGCUUGGAGCAGACGAGCUUCCUGAUAGCAUCAAUGGCGCAGUCACAUAUCCUCGAGCCUUCUCCGCGUUUUGUACGAAGGAGCUCGUUUUCUCGCGUCUAUGCCCUCGCCCAAUUUCAGUAGCAUGGACGCCUCCGCUAGGCUCAAUUCUGUUCGCCAUGCACGGCGAGGUGCUGGUCGAUUGACGCCCAGUGUGUGCUUGGCAAUAUCUGCCUCCAGGGUCUGUAGAACCUCAACACCGACCCUCUCAUCAGCCUCGCCGGUGGGAGCUUUCAAUGGAAGUCAGACACACGGAGCACACGAGAGCUCGGGGGCCGAGAUCAAUCUUCAGCCUCGGUGAAGUUACUUGCAGGAUGCAGUUCAGAUGCAGCGGUGAGAUUGGGGCUGCAAACUGCAGUUCCUGCAUACGCCUCCGGGUUUUGUUG